AGCCCCUCCCCUCGCUGCCUCUCGGCUUCCCAGCAGUCCUCUCCUUCCGCUUUGCUAAGAUGUCGGCUGCCAUCGCUGCGCUGGCUUCGUAUGGCGGCUCCGAUUCUGACUCUGACUCGGGCUCGGACGCUGAGGGUAGGCCCAAGCGCUCUGCGCAGGUUGCCGGCGGGGACGCCGUGCUGCACCUUGUGUCUCCUCCUUCUGCCAAACCGGCGUUGCUGCCCGUGGUGGACUCAGCCCCGACGGUGGCUGUGAAGGAAGAUGUGGAAACAGGAGUUCACCUUGAUCCAACUACCAAGGAAGUUCAGUAUAAUCCAACCUUUGACACCAUGUUUGCACCUGAGUUUGGGCCAGUGAAUCCAUUUAGAACUCAGCAGAUGGCUGCACCUAGGAAUAUGCUUUCUGGAUAUACAGAACCAGCACACAUUAAUGAUUUCAUGUUUGAGCAACAGAGAAGAACAUUUGCAACCUAUGGAUAUGCGCUGGAUCCCUCAAUAGAUGAUUAUGAGGUUUCUACUAAAUAUAUUGGGUCUGUUGAAGAAGCUGAGAAGAACCAAGGUCUAACUGUGUUUGAAACGGGACAAAAGAAAACAGAAAAAAGGAAGAAAUUCAAAGAGAAUGAUGCAUCUAAUAUUGAUGGCUUCUUGGGACCAUGGGCAAAAUACGUUGAUGAAAAGGAUGUUGCGAAACCUUCAGAAGAAGAGCAGAGGGAACUGGAUGAAAUAACCGCAAAGAGACAAAAGAAAGGCAAACAUGAAGAUGAUAAACCCGGAGAAGAAAAGACCAUUUUGCAUGUCAAAGAGAUGUAUGACUAUCAAGGGAGGUCCUAUCUUCAUGUUCCUCAGGAUGUUGGCGUUAACCUACGUUCAGCCGUACCCCCUGAGAAAUGCUAUCUUCCUAAGAAACAAAUCCAUGUAUGGUCUGGACAUACAAAGGGAGUCAGUGCUGUGAGGCUGUUUCCUCUUUCUGGCCACCUGCUGCUAUCUUGUUCCAUGGACUGUAAAAUUAAGCUCUGGGAAGUAUAUGGAGAACGAAGAUGCUUACGUACUUUCAUUGGACACAGUAAAGCUGUUAGAGAUAUAUGCUUUAACAAUGCUGGGAGCCAGUUUCUCAGUGCUGCAUAUGACCGGUACCUUAAACUUUGGGACACUGAAACAGGACAGUGUAUUUCAAGAUUCACCAACAGAAAAGUUCCUUACUGUGUGAAAUUCAAUCCUGAUGAAGAUAAGCAAAAUCUUUUUGUGGCAGGAAUGUCAGAUAAGAAAAUUGUACAAUGGGACAUUCGAAAUGGAGAGAUUGUACAAGAGUAUGACAGGCACUUGGGAGCUGUCAAUACCAUUGUGUUUGUGGAUGAGAACAGGAGAUUUGUGAGCACAUCUGAUGACAAGAGCUUAAGAGUAUGGGAAUGGGAUAUUCCCGUAGAUUUCAAGUACAUAGCAGAACCAAGUAUGCACUCAAUGCCAGCAGUGACAUUAUCACCAAAUGGGAAAUGGCUGGCUUGUCAAUCCAUGGACAAUCAGAUACUAAUUUUUGGAGCACAAAACAGAUUCAGGCUAAAUAAAAAGAAAAUCUUCAAGGGUCAUAUGGUGGCAGGCUAUGCUUGUCAAGUAGAUUUUUCACCUGACAUGAGCUAUGUGAUAUCAGGUGAUGCAGAUGGGAAACUGAACAUCUGGGACUGGAAGACAACAAAACUCUAUAGUAGAUUAAAGGCCCAUGACAAAGUCUGUAUAGGUGCAGUGUGGCACCCACAUGAAACAUCCAAGGUGAUCACAUGUGGGUGGGAUGGUCUCAUUAAACUGUGGGACUGAAAGCUGUAUUAUAGAAGUCUCGAGCUCAAAUCAGUUGAUGUCUGAUAUUUCAGAACAUAUAGACUCUGCAGCAAAGAUGGCACAUAUCACAUCGGAAAUUCUCCCAAGCAAAAGACUUGUUCUAAAAGGUUUCUCUGCCGAGUUGUGAGAAGCUGCAAAUAGCCACCUGAAGUGGCCCAAAAUAGAAGUUCUUUGUUGAGCCUAUAUGAAAUUAAAUGGAUUAAACGAGGGUGGUAUUUGUUCUAGAUAUUUGGGGAGCUGAGGCAGACCUUACAGGCUUCACCCUGUUCCAUAAGUGCAUAAUUUGGAAGAAAAGCUCUUUUCCUUUUAGUGUUAUGCAAUGCUGCAUCGUAUUAAAUAUUAUUUGGCAGUGUUCUGUAAUUUCCAAGUACAAUGUUGCUUAGAUACUAUGUAUAUAAUUCUUAACAACCUUUUUUUAAUUUAAUAGAACUUCUUAGUUAUAUUGAAAUACAUACACACACAAAAUGAUUGUGUACGCACAUACUAUACAGUUCAUGGCCCUAGUUCAGUUUUCUCCAGGUGAGAAAAUUACCCCAACUCCAGCAGCCCUGCUUGAAGGUAUAGAGAGGGCACUGGAUCUGAGAGCCAUGGAGGAAGAACUCUGGAGGACACUCUGCCUCACCAUUCUAUCAAGGGAAUUGCUAAGGUGUUGACUGGUGCAAGAAGUUAGGGUAUAUGUUCCAAAUCUGUAUGUUCAUCAUGACUGAUUUUUAUUAUGCUUGAUACCAGGUUUCCACAUGUAACAAUUCUUUUUCAAAUACUUGCUUUUCUCAUAAAUAAAUCCAAAGAACAUAACAUGUAUAUACAUCGCUUAACAAGCAAUUCACCAAAUAAUGACUCAGCAUGCCCUUGGGGCUUGUGCAAGGGCAGCAACCAGUAAGUUGCUGCCUUUAGAAACAUACCUUAUAAAGAAGAUAGAAGGAAACCUCUAUCACUUGACCACCCAAUUCUUGUACAUGGGCACUUUAAUAUAUUUCUAUUAUAAAUGUAUAUAUAUAAAUGUGUUGUGCUAAAUUACUGUAAAUACUUCUCAAUCCUUUUAUAGAACUUCUUUUUAAUAAAUGUUUUAUAUGAAAAGACAGAUUCCAACUUAGCACAAUAUCUUUACCAUUGUCCAAAGUCUGUUUUUUUUAAAAAAACUUUGUAUUCAUUAUAGAAGUUGUAGCUGCCUAGUUCUCUGCAGUGCCAGAGUGUGAAAUUCUUUCCUUGAAUUUAUGAUAUUAAAAUAUUAUGGAACAA